AUGGAAGGAUUUCUAUGUGGUCGUUAUGGCCUACCAAACGACGAUGCUGAGCAGGUCCGUGAGGGCUUGAAGCAUAAGCUGUACCUGGAUUAUCUCCUCGACGGAAAGCUAUUUCUGGCUCCCAUCGGGAACAACCCGCAAAAGAUUGUUGAUCUUGGUACAGGUGUUGGCAUGUGGGCACAAGACGAAAACUUUCCCAGCGCACGGGUAAUAGGAUGUGAUCUUUCACCCAUCCAGCCGCAUUGGACGCCGCCCAACGUUGAGUUUCGAGUAGAAGAUCUCGAGGAUGAAAAUCGCCCAUGGACAAGAAUAUAUGAAGAUGCAGAUUUAAUUCACGUCAGGGCCUUGUUACAGACUCUGCGGAAACCGAGACAGCUAUUGGAAAGAGCUUUUGAAAAGCUGAAGCCUGGUGCUUGGAUUGAAAUCCACGAAAUUGUUCCCUUUGUCUUCUCUGUUGACGGUACUGCCGGAGAUGAUCAUCCUAUGAACCAGUUCUACCGCCUUGUCGAGGGCCCCUUUACCACGAUAUAUGGUUGGAAUUUACGCUUUCCAUUCCAGAUCGUUGAAGCGCUGCGUGACGUUGGAUUCAUCAAUGUCAAUGAACGCCAUUCUUACACACCUGUUGGCCGGUGGCACCAGGAAGCAAAAAUGAGAGAAAUGGGAAUUUUCACCCAAAACAUCCUCGAGGAAUGGGUCACGGCAAUGCUUGGCCGUCCGGACAUAAUGGGAGUCACAGAAGAAGAGGCAUAUGAGCUUGGGCACAGCGUAUUCGAAACCUUCAACAACACUCGCAUUCACGCACAACUCGACUGGAUUGAUUGCUGGGCGCAGAAGCCACUUUAA